UUAACCCCCAAACCCCCAAAAAGUCAUACCCCCUUUGCCCCCCCUUCCUUCUAGGUUUCCUCUCUCCUGGAACUCAUCAACUAUUUUAUCCUUUCUCCACAACCCCUUUCUUUAUAUAAUCUCUUCAUCUUUCAUCCCUUCCUCAUUAUUUAUUUGAUUCAUUUCUAUAUUUCUAUAAUCGUAUCGCAAAAUUAAGUCAGCCGAACGGUUGAUUUCUCAAAAACCUGCAAAAAUGGCGUCUUCAUCGGCGAACUUGUGGGUUUUGCUUGGCCUUGGGAUAGCGGGGAUAUUGUUUAUGACGAAGAAGCUGAAGCGCGCAGUGAAGGCUGAUUUCGGAGCUUUUAUGGAGCGGUUGCAGCUUUUGCCGCCGCCGCAGCCUGCCCCUCCCAAAGCUCCUCACCCUCUCACCGGCCUCUCUUUCGCGGUCUCUGAUGUAUUUAAUAUCGAAGGGCAUGUAACUGGAUUUGGCAAUCCAGACUGGUCCAUGACUCACGAGGCUGCUACUCGGACAUGUCCUGUGGUUGCACUUCUUGUUGAUGGAGGUGCCACAUGUGUUGGAAAAACCGUUGUGGAUGACAUGGCAUUAGGCGUAAGCGGAGAAAACGUGCAUUAUGAGGCACCAACUAAUCCUGCCUCACCUGCACGAAUGCCAGGAGGGGCUUCAAGUGGUGCCGCUGUAGCUGUUGCUGCUAAAUUUACUGAUUUUUCUCUGGGCAUAGAUACUGAUGGUGGUGUGCGAGUGCCAGCUGGAUAUUGUGGUAUUCUUGGCUUUCGACCAUCUUACGGGACAGUCUCCCUCUCUGGGGUUGUUCCUGUUUCGGGAAGUCUUGACACAGUAGGAUGGUUUGCAAAAGAUCCCAGUGUACUUCGUCGUGUUGGUCAUGUGCUGUUGCAGCUUCCGUAUGCUGCCCCACGCAAUCCAAGGAAUAUUGUGAUAGCGGACGACUUUUUUCAGUUAUCAAAAGUUUCUGCAGAACGUAUCACUCAGGCAGUGACCAAAUCCAUCGAGAAGUUGUAUGGAAGACAAGGUUUGAGGCAUGAAAAGCUCAGUGAUUACAUAAGUUUGAAGGUUCCAAGCUUAAACUCAUUCAACGUCAAGCAACUAAAUGGUGAGGGGAGAGCUUCUCCUAUAAGAUUGCUGGCAAAUGUCAUGCAGAUGCUUAAGAGGCAUGAGUUCAGACAAAACCAUAUUGAGUGGAUCAACUCUGCAAAGCCUACCCUGGAUCCUGUCAUCUCAGCACAAAUACCUGAAGUAUUAGAUUUGACUGACGCAGACAUCGAACAAUGUAAUGCAAUCAGGACUGAAUUGCGUUCAGCUAUCAAUGCGCUUUUAAAGGAUGAUGGAGUGUUAGUCGUUCCUACUUGUGAUCUUCCUCCCAAAUGUGGCGCCAAAGAGAUUGCAUCAGAGGAAUUCGUGAUUCAAACAUCUUGUUUUACAAGUUUAGCUAGUAUGUCAGGCUGCUGCCAGGUUGCACUACCACUCGGGGUCCAUGAAAAGUGCCCAAUUUCUUUGUCUCUCCUAGCUAGGCAUGGGGGUGACAGAUUUCUGCUCGACACUUUGCAACCAAUAUAUGCAUCUUUGCAAGAGCAGGUCGAUACAGCUGAAAAGCCUAAACCAUCUAGUAAAGUUGUGACACCGGAAACAUCAGCAGAGAUGGCCAAAGAAAAGGGCAACCAAGCAUUCAAAGAUAAACAGUGGCAGAGGGCAGUUGGAUUUUAUACAGAGGCCAUCAAACUCAACGGGAGUAAUGCAACAUACUACAGUAACAGAGCUGCGGCUUAUUUGGAGAUGGGAAGUUUCCUCCAAGCUGAAACGGAUUGUACUCAAGCCAUUGAUCUCGAUAAGAAGAGUGUAAAGGCCUACUUGAGGAGGGGAACAUCGCGGGAAAUGUUGGGUUUCUAUAAAGACGCAAUGGAAGAUUUCAGAUAUGCUCUAGUUCUUGAGCCAAAUAAUAAAAGAGCAGCCCAGACUUUGGACAGGCUGAAGAAAUAUUUUCUGUAGUUCCAUCAGAAUGAAAGAGCACCCACGAAGACCUUGUGCCUCAAAAAGAUUGUUUUGUGUAGACCAAGCAUCAGCUUUUGAAAUGCCAAUGACCAAUUUGCAUUGGUAAUGGAAGGCAUUGAUUGUAGUCUUCAUUUUGUCGUAUAGUAGCGCUAUAUUUAACACCAUCUAUUUUUUUUAGCAUAGUGCAAUUUUUUCCGGUCUCUUAGAGGCCUUACUUUUGUUAUAUUACUCUUGGCGAAAAGUCAGUUUUGGGAUAUCUGUCGGAACGUUGAACAUUGGAAAAACUGUUUCAUGCAGUUCAGUCUGAUUUUAGUAUGA